GUCCCUUUCAUCCUCUCCCUCUAGCCAUGCGUCUUUCUACUCGUUUCUCGGGCAUGCUCGCCCUCGCCCUAGCUGCGACAGCGGUCGCAUCGGACGUCCUUGAUUUGACACCGGCGAACUUCGAGUCGACGGUGAACAACGAGGACCUCGUGCUUGUUGAGUUCUUUGCCCCAUGGUGCGGGCACUGCAAGGCGCUCGCUCCGCACUACGAGGAGGCCGCGACUGUACUGAAGUCGGAGAAAGGCAUCCCCUUGGCGAAGGUUAACUGCGUUGACGAAGCCGACCUUUGCCAGGCUCACGGCGUGCAAGGCUACCCCACCCUCAAGGUCUUCCGUAACGGAACUCCUGCGGACUACACGGGCCCUAGGCAGGCUGACGGUAUCAUCAGUUACAUGACUAAGCAAGCGCUUCCUGCCGUGUCCGAAGUCACCGCUGCCAAUCAUGACGACUUCAAGCAGGCGGACAAGAUUGUGGCCGUGCUGUACGUUGCGACGCCCACAGACGCACCGCACGCGGAGUUCAGCGCUACCGCCGAGAAGCAUCGGGACGAUUACCUAUUCGGUAUCAGCAGCGACCCGGCCGCCAUCGAAGCAGCGGGUGUGACUCCACCUGCGAUCGUGCUGUACCGCAAGUUCGAUGAACCUAGCACUGUUUAUCCUUAUCCUGUCCCGUCGACGACGGUCUCCGACCUCGAGCAGUGGAUUAAGGAUCUCUCCAUCCCUGUCAUCGACCAAGUGGGCGCUGAAAACUACGCUGUUUACGCGCAGAGUGGAAAGCCGCUGGCUUACCUCUUCGUGGAUCCUACCGAUCCCAAGUUGCAGGAACACAUCGACCUCAUACGUCCCAUCGCCUUGGAGCACAAGGACAAGCUUAACUUCGUAUGGAUCGACGCUAUUCGUUUCGGGGAUCACGCCAAGGCGUUGAAUCUCGCUGAGCCCAAGUGGCCGAGCUUCGUCAUUCAGGACCUGUCGCAGCAACUGAAAUACCCCCACGAUCAGUCUUCGGACAUCACGCACGACAACAUCAAAAACCACGUUGCUCAGUUCGUCGCGGGCAAGCUCGAGCCUCAGCUCAAGAGUCAGCCGAUACCCGAGACUCAAAACGAGCCAGUGUACGAGGUUGUCGGCAAGUCGUUCGACCAGGUUGUGCUUGACGACUCGAAGGACGUUUUCAUUGAAUUUUAUGCGACUUGGUGCGGUCAUUGCAAGCGGCUUAAGCCUACAUGGGAUUCUCUCGGCGAGCGCUUCGCCGAGGUCAAGGAUCGCGUGAUCAUUGCCAAGAUGGAGGCUACGGAGAACGACUUGCCUCCUAGUGUGCCGUUCCGUGUGUCUGGCUUCCCGACGCUCAAGUUCAAGCCCGCUGGUAGCCGUGAAUUCCUUGACUACGAAGGUGAUCGUUCGCUCGAGAGCCUCAUCGCCUUCGUCGAGGAGCAUGCCAAAAACUCGCUCGCGCCGACGGCCCAGGAGCCUGUCAGCGGCGAUGAUGGAGCUUCGACUUCUCAGGAGCAUGAUCACCACGACGAGCUCUGAGUAUUACAUACACAUCUACUGGAUAGUCUCAUGUUUUUGGGCAUAAUACUGUAAUUAUUAUAUCGAGUUCUGGCGACAAGUUAAUCGGACCCAGUAAAUAUCGCGAAUAUUGGAAGUGUGCAAUGGAGUCCUCACGAAGUCGCAUAAGAUUCAAUGAAACCGUCCUUCUAGUCGUCAAGCACAACCUGGUCGAACGACUUGCCGACAACCUCGUACACUGGCUCGUUUUGAGUCUCGGGUAUCGGCUGACUUUUGAGCUGAGGCUCGAGCCUGCUCGCGACGAACUGGGCAACGUGGUUUUUGACGUUGUCGUACGUGAUGUCCAAAGACUGAUCGUGGGGGUAUUUCAGUUGCUGCGACAGGUCCUGAAUGACGAAGCUCGGCCACUUGGGCUCAGCGAGAUCCAAUGCCUUGGCGUGAUCCCCGAAACGAAUAGCGUCGAUCCACACGAAAUUGAGCUGGUCCCUGUGCUCCAAAGCGAUGGGACGUAUGAGGUCGAUGUGUUCCUGCAACUUGGGAUCGGUAGGAUCCACGAAGAGGUAAGCCAGCGGCUUUCCACUCUGCGCGUAAACAGCGUAGUUUUCAGCGCCCACUUGGUCGAUGACAGGGAUGGAGAGAUCCUUAAUCCACUGCUCGAGGUCGGAGACCGUCGUCGACGUGACGGGAUACGGAU